AUGAAAGACUUCACCGAAAUCACUCUGUGCUCUGAGGAGCUGGACCACAGCAAGACCGAGUUCUGCAACCCUGUCUUCGAGGGUGAGGAGCCCCAGGCAGCACCAAGCACUGAGCACCUGCCAGACAAGGACAGAGCCAGCCACACAUCACCCCAGGAUGGCCUUGGCCAGCAGCUGUGGGGGCAGGCAGGCUGGCAGUACCGUGCUGACUGCAAGUUCACUUGGCUCUGUGUGGCUCUGAUGAGCGCUGUCCUCCUCUUCCUCAUCACCCUCCUGCUGGGCAUCAUCAUCCACCAGCUGACGUCCCCCCAGCCACCCAGUGCCCCAGCUGCAGCCCUGCCUGCCCGUGGCACCACCACCACCACUGCAGCACCCACCCGAAGGGACUUCCUGGACCCCAAAACAGCUGCUACCCCAACCCGGAGCUGGCUGCCCACAGCUGGCACAGCAGCACCAGCUUGUGGUGGGACGCUGCGGGGCCCCGAGGGCUCCUUCAGCUCUCCCAACUACCCCAGUCCCUACCCACCCCACACCCUCUGCAUCUGGCACAUCGAGGUGGGUCCUGGCCUUGCCAUCCAGCUGAAGAUGGAGACCUUCAGCGUGGAGGGCACUGCCUCCUGCCUCUUCGACCACGUGGAGCUCUACGACGAGCUGGGGGCUGGUGAUCCAGGCUCUGCCCCAGCUCGGGGGGGCCCAGCCAGGUUUUGUGGCAACGUGGUCCCCCCGACCUUCAACACCAACUCCAACCACCUGAGGGUCACCUUUGUCUCAGACAGCAGCGUGGGGGCCUCAGGCUUCAGUGCCCACUACCGUGCUGUGCCUCCCAGUGAGAAGAGCUGUGCCUGGGACGAGCACCUGUGUGACCAAGGGCUCUGCCUCCCCCUGGGCUUCAUCUGUGAUGGCUUCCACGACUGUGCAGACAGGAGUGAUGAGGCCAACUGCAGCCUGAAACACAAAGAGUGCGGGGGGCCACUGACAGCCCUGGAGGGACACUUCUCCACCCCAAAUCAUCCCCACCCAUACCCACACCAGCAGCUGUGCCUCUGGCAGAUCUCAGUGCCCGUGGGCCAUGUCAUCGACCUCCACUUCCACAACUUCAGCCUGGAGUCACACGAGGACUGCAGCUUUGACUUCGUGGAGGUGCACGACAGCAUGGGCACAGGGGCUGCCAGCCUCCUGGGCAGGUUCUGUGGCCACCAGGUGCCACCCACGCUGACCUCCUCACGCCACGUCAUGACCGUUCUCUUCGUGGCAGAUGAGGGAGUAGCAGACGAAGGCUUCUUUGCCACCUACCAAGCUCACAAUGCCACAGAGAAGACCUGCAGCCCUGCAGAGUUCUCCUGUGGGAAUGGGGAGUGCCGGGCACUGGAGUCUGUGUGUGACGGCUGGCACGACUGUCCCGAUGGCACCGAUGAGCUCAACUGCACUGGGGUCUCCUACCCAGCCUUUGGGUCUGUCUGUGAGCCUGUGGAAGUGGAGAUGUGCCUGGGGCUGGGCUACAAUGACACCUCCUUCCCCAACAUCUGGCUGGCCAUCCCAGACCAAGAGGGAGCUGCUGAGGUGCUGCAGGACUACCAGACGCUGAUGGAGCUCGCCUGCUACCAGCACCUCCGGCUGCUCAUCUGCAGCCUCUUCGUGCCCAAGUGCACCCCAGACGGGGGCGUCCUGCAGCCCUGCCGAGCUGUCUGCCUGGCUGCUGAGCUGCGCUGCCAGCAGUCCCUGGGGCUCCUUGGCAUCCUCUGGCCCAUCAACUGCAACAUCCUGCCCGACUCCAACGACCCCAUCGAGUGCUUCCAGCCCUGA